UCAGUUUCAUUUUGUUGGUUUUUUUUUCUCUAUAAAAAGGAAGCUUAUUGUUCUUUCUAUUAUAGUACUUUCUUUUCUUGUGUUUGUCACUACAGUACAACCAAUCAAUCAUGGAUUCAAGAGUAGUUCAAAGUAAAGUGGUUGAGAACAAGGAUGAACAAAACCUUGAUUCACAACAAGUGACACAUGAUGCAGAAGAGCACAAUUCUAUUGAGCCUGAGAAGAAAUCUGUUAUGAGUAGGGUGAAGGCGAAGGCUAGGAAAAUUAAGAACAGUAUAACGGGGCAUGGUCAACAAGCACCUGAUCAAACCAGUGGACAUAACACUGAAAUUCAGCAUACUCCUGAGGAUGAUGAAGAAGAUGAUGAUGAUGAUGGUGACUUGGAUGAGGGUAAAGAAAAUGUUCAAGAGCCACUACGCCAUCAUGCACCAAAUUAUGGUAGUAGAGAUGUUAAAAGUGCUACACCUACAACUGAAUAUGAGAAAGUUGAAAAUUUAAGAAAUUUGGUAUUUGGUUUGGAAGGUUCAAAAGUUGUAGGAGAAGAACCUCAUCAUGAUCCAUUCACUGAAGGUGUUUCUUCAAACACUGAAACCAAUCAAAGCAUAGCCACUGACAAGGCCAAAACAUUUGAUCUGGAAGAUAAGCCAGACCAAUUCAAGACCGAUUUCGAGAGGCCUAUAGUUUCGAAGGAAGAUUCUCAAGAACAAGGAAGUGGAACUGAUGCAUAUGAUCUUCCCAAUUAUAAAACCAGAGACACUGAUCCAAAUCUUGAAGUUUAUGAUAGUGAAGAUGUUAAAAGUGCUACACCUAAAUUUGAAUCUGAGCAAGUUGAGAAUUUAGGAAAUUCAGGAUUUGAUUUUGAAGGUGCAAAAGUUAAGGGAGAAGAAACUCGCCGCGAUUCACUAGAUGAAGAUGUUUCUUCAACAACCACUGAAACCAAUCAAAACAUAGCCAAACCAUUUUCUGUGGAAGAUAAGCCAGAUCAAUUCAAGGCCAAUUUGGCGAGGCUAGGAUUUUCGAAAGACGAUUUUGAAGACCGAGUAAAUAGAACUGGGGCAUAUUCUCCUCUCAAGCAUCAAACCGAUGACACUUAUCUAAGUGAAGAUGUUAAAAAUGCUACACCUCCACCUGAAUACAAGCAAGAUGAAAAUUUCGGAAAUUCAGGAACUGGUUUUGAAGGUGCAAAAGUUAAGGGAGAAGAACCUCGUCACGAUUCACUAUUUGAAGGUGUUUCUUCAACAACCACUGAAACCAAUCAAAACAUAGCCAAACCAUCUGCUGUAGAAGAUAAGCCAGAGGAAUUCAAGGCCGAUUUGGAGAGGCCGGGACUUUCAGAAGAUUUUGAAGAACAAGGAAGUAGAAUUGAGGCAUAUACUCUUCCCAAGUAUCAAACCAGUGACACUUAUCCAAGUGAAGAAAGUGAAUCAAAAAACAUUAAACCACUUGAGGAAUCUCUUGAGAGAUUGAAUGUGCACGAUGAUGAGCCAAAAAUCCAGCCACCUGUUGCUGACACUGAAUACCCUCCUUCUGCUGGAAGCCAUGAUCAGUUUGUGCCACACUUCUCUGAUGCGACAAAAACUAAGAAUGAAUAUCCUCAGGAAACAGUAUCGACAGAUAUCAAUAGAAACCAGGAAUUUUCGGAGGAAGAUUCUCAAGAUCAAGGAAAUAGAACUGAGGCAUAUACUCUUCCUGGUUACCAAACCCGAGACACUGAUCCAAGUGGUGCUAGAAGUGAUGAAAUAAAAGACUUUACACCACUUGAGGAAUCUCUAGAGAGAUUGAAUGUGCAUGAUGAUGAGCCAAAAUAUAUCACGGAACAAAAAAUCCAGCCAUCUGUUGCUGACACUGAUUAUCCUGCUUCUGCUGGAAGCCAUGAUACUCCUCAGUCUGUGCCGCACUUCUUUGAUGCAUCAAAAAGUCAUAAUGAAUUUUCCCAAGAAACAGUAUCCAAAAAUAUCAAUAAAAACCAUGAAAUCCCCUCCGAAACAGAAGGAACUUUUAACACCGUCGCCAACACUGCUGAGAAUCAACCAGGUUAUGAAGAAUCAGUGGAGACAGAACCAAAAACCAACAAAAGUUACGCAGAUGAAAAUGAAUUCUCUUCUGCAACAACAGCUGAUAAAACUCUCCCUCGUGAAAACGAUGAAGUUUAUGACCUCGGUAAUGAUGGAACUAGCACUGGUACUGGUAGUAAUACUAAUGAUGGAACUGAAACAAAAACUGGGGACAAAGGGGCUGCUGUGAGGGACUAUUUCAAUGAGAAGUCAAGGCCUGGUGAAGAAGAUAAGGCACUUGCUGAGGUGAUAUCAGAAGCUUUACAUAAAGGGAAAGACGAGCCGUUGAAAAGUGAGGAUGGAAAAUUUGAUAGUGAGGCUGAGAAGCCAGAGAAAGUGCUUGAAGAAAGCAAUGUGGCUAGUCCAGGAAAAGGUAUGGUUGACAGGGUUAAGGGUGUUGUUGGAUCAUGGUUUGCCAAAUCUGAAGAGAGUCCAUCACCACAGGGUGCAGGAAUCGGUAAGGAUUCUGUUGCAGAAGUGAAACAUGAUGGCAAAGUUGUGGAUGAAGGAAGGGUUCAGGAGUGAUCCAAUUGAUUGAAGAACAAGUUACCAGAAUAAAUUUCUUUAUAAAUUUGUGAAGUGAUUCUGUUUUCUGUAAUUAGAUAGUUGUUCAUUGUUCUAUAUACAUAGUUAAAAGUUUGUAUGAGUGUGGAAAUUACUAUAUGCUGUUUUUGUCAGGGUGUGGUUAUAAGAUAAAGUAUUUAUAUAUGAGUGUACUAUGUCUUUUUAAAAAGAUAUUUAAUAAUGAAAUUCAAUACUAGUAUUUGUCAUGGUGA